UAGGUGAGGACGAAGUGCGAUCAGGCCUGCAAAGCCUUCCGCUCGGUGCCUGAGACGCUUAAUGACGUUUGCUGGAUGCAGUGUCUGUAUAUUCAGAUACUUCCACACUACUGGCUUCUCCCCGGUGACUGUGGGCAGGUCGGAGGACCAGAGUGGGUUCUCCUGUGUCCUCCCAGCGCCCGUGACGCCGGCCUUUGCAGGUCCAGAGCUACACGGAGCACUACUGCAACAACUCCACCGACCGGCGCAUCCUGCUCAUGUUCCUGGACAUCUGCACAGAGCUGAGCAAGCUGUGCCAGCACUUCGAAGCCCUGCACUCCGGCACCCCCGUCACCAACAACCUCCUCGAGAAAUGCAAAACCCUCGUUAGCCAAAGCAACGACUUAAGCAGCCUUCGAGCAAAAUACCCUCACGAUGUGGUGAACCACCUCAGCUGUGACGAGGCCAGGAACCACUACGGAGGCGUGGUCAGCCUCAUCCCCAUCGUCCUAGACUUGAUGAAAGAAUGGGUUGCGCACUCGGAGAAGCUGCCCCGCAAGGAGCUGCAGCACGGGGCGACUUAGCUUCUGUACUCUUGCUUCCUCGGGGGCGACAGUCAAGAAUAAAAGGUGUUCUAC